AGAGGUUAUUGGUCUAAGAUUUUCGAUAUUUCAGUAAAUAAUGUAUUAAAUAUUAACUUCAUAGCACCAGCACUGAAUGAUAAGUGGUUAUAAAGUAAAUUUAAAUCAUGGCUUUUGCAUCGUUACGUUUUAAUUUCCUGCAGAAAGUGGUGCAAACCGCAACCUACACUACCCUGCUGAAGAGGCCUAUGGCAUAUAAAAGUUCAAUUUCUUUAGAAACAUUGUACCCUAAUAGCUCCUUGAAGCUCACAACACCUGCAUUUCAGCCAGACACCAAUGAGAAGUUCUCUGGCUUCAUUCCUAUCGACAAACUAGAUAUUACAUACAGCGCUAGCUCGGGACCUGGAGGACAGAAUGUCAACAAGUUUGCCAACAAGCUAUCGAAGGAAGGCUACCUAAUCAUCAGGUCGGACACCACCAGGUCACAACAGUUGAACUUGGCGGACUGUAUGCAAAAGCUUCGGAAAAUUAUCCGUGAAGCAGCUGUCACCAAGCGGGAACCUGCUCCUGAAACUGUAGAGAGGAUUAGACAGAGACAUCUGAAAGCGGCGCGCAUGCGUGUUGCAGUCAAACGCGAGGAAUCCCUGAAGCGCGCUAUGCGGCAGUCGCCCACUAUAGACUUAUGAUUUUUCUAUUAAAUUGGGCAUGCACGGCUUGCACAUGUGCUGAACUCUGGGAUACUUACAAACUAAUAAAGAAGUUUAAGUACCUGUCAACGUCAUUAUUUGAUAAACUGUUGCUAAAAAUAUUAACUUUUACAGUCUGUCAAAUAUGAAGUUAGAACAGUAAUCUCAGAAGUUCAGUCGGCCGUAAAGUUUGACUGUUUUAUAGUUACUUCUUAAUAUAAUAUAGUUGUUUAGUUACCUGUGUCUUUAUUUACUUAUUACAUAACUUUGAAAUAUAAAAGAAACAUUUAAAUUGCUGUCUUGGCGUCUCGUCGCGGUUUUUAGGC